AUGUCGAGCUCACAAGGAACUUUGAGCGCGGUAACAGAUGACCGCAAAGCACGCUUGGCGAAGCUCAAGAACCUGAAGCGAAAACAACCAGCAGACGAGGUCGUCCCCCCAGAGUCAGAACGUGCCGCCUCGCCGCCAGCAGAGCCAGAUGUCACGAAACUGCAUCUCUCCGGUCGGAACUACGACCCCGAAGCACGAGGGCCCAAACUCGGCUUCGAAGCGCCCCCGACACAAGACUUAGAACAGCCUACUCUCGAGGAGCUCGCGGCAGACAUUGAGGCCGACGUUAGGAAAAAAGCAGCCGAGGAAUCGCAGGACGACAAGGGCAUCGACCUGUUCAAGCUCCAGCCCAAAAAGCCGAACUGGGACUUGAAGAGGGAUCUGGAGAAGAAGCUGGAGAUCCUCAACGUACGGACGGACAACGCCAUCGCCAGGCUAGUCAGGGAGCGCAUCACAGGAGCACAGAACGCGGCAACGCAAGCGAGACAGGUCGAUGCGGGAAGCAGGGAGGGCGACGCGGCUGGAAUGGACGGCAUCGCGUUAGUCGAAGGAGUCCGCGUCCGCGAGAGGGAGGAAGAGGAGGACGAAAAACGAGACAGGGAAGAGGACGAUGAUCUGGCUGCCUGA